ACUCAUGUCAUGAGCUGGAGUUGGGGUCAACACAUACUGCUUAGGGAUUGUUUACCGAUGGCCGGAGGUAACCCUCAAAAGAACAACCACCACCCAUCAUCUUCCUCCUCUCACCACCGUAAACCCACCACCAACAAUCCUAACAAACCCUCACCUUCAAAUCCCCAAUCUAAUAAACCCUCCCCCAAACUCAACCCUAAUCCUCGACCGGAACCCCUCGCACCACCACCACAACCACCGCCGGCGUAUGGAUUCCACAUGCUCGAUCGCAGAACAAUCGUCCUGGCCGACGGCAGCGCCCGAUCGUACUUGGCGUUACCACCGGACUACCAGGACCUCCCUCUGCAGCUCCCUCGGUUUCCGAUUCGGCCUCCCGGUCCCGAUCCGUGGCUAGGGUUGGACCGCGAUAGUUAUCGGCAGCAGAAUCAGGAGUAUUGGAACUCGCUAGGGGUAGAAGGUUCUAGAAAGAGGAAGUUUGGUGAUGAGAGAGAUGAAUUGAAUGAUGAGUUUGCUAGACAGAGGCAACAGUUGUUGCAGUAUGGGAAUACGGUUGGAUCGCAUGUGGCUGGGCCAAGUAGUCAGGAUGAGAAGUCGGCUAAGAUGAUCAAGGCGGAAGCUAAUAAGAAUAUGAAGCGUAGGACUAAUGAGGCUAAGGUUAUUAAACCCGAAGGGGAUUAUAGGAGUUGGCAGGGUAGGGUUAGUGAGGUUGAUCAAGAGAAGGUCAAAAGUUCGUUUUUGAAUUUUGUUCGGGCGAUUACUGAGAAUGCAAAUCAGAAGAACAAGUAUUUGGCUGAUGGGAAGCAAGGUGCUCUUCAGUGUCUCGCCUGUGGCAGGUCGUCAAAAGAUUUUCCAGAUGUACAUAGUCUUAUCAUGCACACAUACAACCCAGAAACGUCAACUAGUGACCAAGUUCCUAAUCAUUUGGGUUUACACAAGGCAUUGUGCAUUUUGAUGGGUUGGAACUACUUGAUGCCACCUGAUAACUCGAAGGUGUACCAGCGGUUAUCUGCAGACGAAAUUGCUGCUAAUCUGGAUGAUUUAAUUAUGUGGCCACCUCAUGUCAUCAUACGCAACACCUCUACGGGAAAGGGUAAAGAUGGACGUAUGGAGGGAUUAGGCAAUAAAGCAAUGGACAUGAAGCUUAGAGAUUUGGGAUUCACCACUGGAAAGUCAAAGUCGAUGUAUGGGAGAGAAGGCCACAUGGGCACAACAGCUGUGAAGUUUGCGGGUGACCAAUCGGGCCUGACAGACGCGAUGAGGCUUGCAGAUUACUUUGAGAAACAAAAGCGCGGGCGCGGGUCAUGGGCCUCCGUGCAGCCCAUGUACAGACAAGGGAAUGAGGAUGAGAAAGAUCCUAACUUUGUGAAACUGGAUAAAAAUGGGCAGAAAGAGAGAAUCUUGUAUGGGUAUCUAGGAACUGUGUCUGAUAUGGAGAUUGUGGAUUUUGAUACUAGGAGAAAGGUGACCAUUGAAAGCAAGAGAGAGAAAGCACAUCAUAGCUGAUGCACCAGGGGUUGGAUUGUUUGAUUUAAGGUUUGCGUUAUCUGCUUGCUUAUACACUUUGGAUUGAAAGUAAUGGUAGAUCUUGUCUUUGGAUAUAUUUAUGUCUUGGUGUUCUCUGGUAUGAUUAUUGUGAACUGACCCGUUCGGUGGCACCCGUGUCAAGUCUUAGCAAAUGCGUGUGUUUCAUAAACAUAUAUAUUUUUGUCAACUGAAAAACAACAUCAAAAGUUGACUAUUAUUCA